UCUCUUUCAUUUUCCACAAUAAAACUAAUUACGACCAACUCAAACUUACACAAAACCAAAACCCAAUCGCUCUUUCUUUCUUCAGAUAAAUAUGGCCGACCAGCUCACCGAUGAUCAGAUCUCCGAAUUCAAGGAAGCGUUUAGCCUCUUCGACAAGGAUGGCGAUGGUUGUAUCACUACCAAGGAACUUGGAACUGUGAUGAGAUCUCUUGGACAGAAUCCAACUGAAGCAGAACUCCAGGACAUGAUUAAUGAAGUUGAUGCUGAUGGAAACGGGACAAUUGAUUUCCCGGAGUUCCUGAACUUGAUGGCCCGCAAGAUGAAGGACACAGAUUCUGAGGAAGAGCUGAAGGAGGCUUUCCGGGUGUUCGACAAGGAUCAGAAUGGAUUCAUUUCUGCUGCUGAGCUCCGCCAUGUGAUGACAAAUCUUGGUGAGAAGCUGACUGAUGAGGAAGUUGACGAGAUGAUUCGUGAGGCUGAUGUGGAUGGUGAUGGUCAGAUCAACUAUGAGGAGUUUGUCAAAGUCAUGAUGGCCAAGUGAGGAUCUCUCAACCAUAACUAAAUCUCAAAACGACUAAAAUAACAAAAAAGGGAACAGAGCACAUAAGUUGAUGAGAUUUCUAUUCCCAGUAGGACAUCUUCAUUUGGUGUUAUUAGCUUUGGUUGGGUGGUUGCUUGUUUUCAUGUCUGCAUUGAUUUGUGGUACUCUUCUUUAGUAUUCAGCUUGUUUUCUCUAUUUCUUGUCUAGUAGUUUGGCUUGUUAGUGUCUAUCUUCUACGUUGGCUGUUUUAUUAAUAAUUUUUUUCUGUUUAAUUGAAUUUUUUUUUGGGGCAUUAUGAGGUUUGAACAAUUGGGAGAAUUCAUUAUUUUGAUUAUGGUUGACUAAUUUUGUUGAUA